AUGCCAUGGGAGAACGGAAAGUUUGCCAGGCGGAGCAACAGUGCGUUGUGGUCAGGAGCCGUCAUCAUUGCGUCGGAGUGGAGUUGCCGUGGCAGCCCUGACGGGGCGCAGGAGGACGGCGGCGAUGGAGAUACAGCCGCAGACGGGGCGGACCGUGGAUUGGAUGGCGACCCCGAGGGAGUAUGGAGUCCAGACAUUGAGCAGAGCUUUCACGAAGCCCUGGCCAUCUACCCUCCCUGCGGCAGGAGGAAGAUCAUACUUUCUGACGAGGGGAAGAUGUAUGGUCGAAAUGAGCUGAUAGCUCGUUAUAUCAAGCUACGAACAGGGAAGACGCGCACACGCAAACAGGUGUCUAGUCACAUUCAGGUUCUGGCACGUAAGAGGGUACGAGAAUACCAGACCAGCAUCAAGGCCAUGAACUUGGACCAGGUAUCCAAAGACAAGGCAUUGCAAACAGUAGCCAACCUCUCAUCAGCUCAGAUUGUGUCUGCUAGUGUAAUGAAACCCCAGACUCCGUUCCCACCACCAGUCAGAUUUUGGCCCGGCCCUAUGCCAGGACAGCCCGGACAUUCUCAGGACAUCAAGCCCUUUGCACAGCCACCAUACACUACACUACCAGCCCCUGUCCCUGCACCCAUCAGCUAUGAGCCCCUGCCUCCCCCACGACCUGCAGCAAUAGCAGCUCCUGUGUGGCAAGACAGAACCAUUGCCUCAGCAAAACUACGGCUCCUGGAGUAUUCCGCUUUCAUGGAGAUCCAGAGAGAGAGGGAGACGUAUAAACACCUUUUCGUACUCAUUGGCCCAUCAAACCCGGGCUACAGUGACCCCGUUUUGGAGUCCAUAGAUGUGAGGCAGAUUUACGACAAGUUCUCUGAGAAGAAAGGAGGCCUGAAGGAGCUGUAUGAAAAGGGGCCACACAACGCAUUCUUCCUCGUCAAGUUCUGGGCGGACCUGAGCAGCGACAUCGAGGAGGGCGCUGGUGUGUUCUACGGUGUGAGCAGCCAGUACAGUGGUACAGAAAACAUCACCAUCAGUGUCUCAACAAAGGUCUGCUCCUUUGGCAAACAGGUGGUCGAGAAGGUUGAGACAGAAUAUGCACACAUGGAAGGAGGAAAGUAUGUGUUCCGCAUCCAUCGUUCGCCCAUGUGUGAAUACAUGAUCAACUUCAUCCACAAGCUCAAACACCUGCCAGAGAAAUACAUGAUGAACAGUGUACUGGAGAACUUCACCAUCCUACAGGUGGUGUCCAACAGAGAAACUCAGGAGACUCUGCUGUGCAUUGCCUUUGUGUUCGAAGUGUCAACCAGCGAACAUGGUGCACAGUACCAUGUGUAUCGACUAGUUAAUGACUAGCAGCACGUCACGUGCAUCCUGAGACUCUCCAUUGACUUUUUGAUACAUACAGCAUAAACACUAUUUCCAGCUCAAACACAGAGUAAACACUCCUCUACUCUAAACACACACUAGUUUUAACAGACCAACAGUCACACUGUAGUCACACCUGUUGUUGUUUUUUUUAAAUGUGUAUGCAUUUUCAUCGCUGCAAACUAUGCACACAUUUCCCCAAAAUCCCAUGACUUCAACACUAAAUUUGAAAAUUAUUUUUAUAGAUUUGUACCAAAAAGAGACGUAAUUAUCAGUAUGUGUUGGAAUGUUAUUCAAUGUAAUUAUUCAGUCAAAUGGCUGAAUAAUUCCAUAAUCACCUGGUGAAACUGAUUGUGCACAUUGUUCAAUGUCGGGCUCAAAAUAUCACGGUUCAUUAUGGGUUUUUUAUUUUUAAUAAGAAAUUAAUUUACUGACAAGCAUAUGAGAAAACCAUAAAAAAAAGAAACCAGCAAAAGAGCCAAACUACAUUCAAUCAAGUUUAAUAUGUUAUAUUUUUCCGUCAUAUACAAUGACAAUCUAGCUGUGGUGAACUAAAACUGGGUAUUCUUAUCUCCAGGCAGUUUUCCAAGCAUAUGCAUUUACGUCAGAGGUGUGACUGAUGUGAGACAAGUUUGAAUAUAGGUUGGCAAUGAAAUCAUUUAAUCAGUGUUAAUGUCACUCUUCCACAAUGCCUUUUUGCUUCUACAGUUUGUACUAGCUAUGUUAGGUCGGAAUUGAUUGAGCCUAAAAGGGCGUAUCCUCUAUCACUGCUCAGUGUGGAGAACCAUUAUACUUUAGUUGGUUUAUCAAAACUGUUAGGAUCAUGACAGAAAUAGUGUGAAAGAGUCUGCCUUUUCCCAGAAUGCAAUUCACUACAUGUGAAGACAUAAAAGUCGUAUUUAUAUUUGAAACACAUUGUCAAAGUGUAAAGAGGGCCAUCCUUUUUAGGUGUAUUUGCUGUUUAAAGUUUUCCAGUGUGGGGGGGGGAAGAUGGUUUAAUCCAAUGUCAAAGAGGUGUUUUAAUUUUGGCUCACUUGUUUUUGAAAACAAAAUAAUUCACAGCCAGUUUCAGAUUCAGUUCAGCAUUUUGAAUGAAAUAAUGAUCUUUUACUGUUAAUUCACACAAUACCUUUUUUUAGUCUAACUGCAUUGGUUCGCUGCAGUAUUUCUACCUCCGCGUGAGUUGGGAUAAGAAUGUGCUUUGGUUCAUAAAGCCUAAACCUGAGGAGCACUGAUGUAUAGGACGUGUACACUACACUUGUAAUGGUACUGUUUAUAAGCCAAAACAAGGUAAAUAGACUUGUUUUUGUAAAGAUGAACUAUCUUUUUUUUGUAUUUUACCAGCACAGCUAGAAGUGUUACUCUAAACAUCAGAAAUGAUGGGUGUUUUGGUUGUAUCUUUUUUGGUGUAUGCAUAAUGAUGUAUGGUACAGACCACACUAAGGUUACCCACAGUGCACUGGGGUAGAUUUUUGUCUGAUAACACUAACAAAUUAUCCAGCUUACACUUGCUUUUUUUUCCUGUUUUGGUCUAUGUAAUGUUUUUUGUUUCUGGUACACAUUGCUACCAGCAUUUUUUAUAUAGUAAAUGUUAUUUGACUGUAUUACGCCCUCUCCUGGCAAGAUUAUCUUUGAACUAUUAUCAUGAAAAGUAAAAGCCAACUGGUUCAGUUUAAAAAAAUAUUAUAUUCACUGUGUGGUCAGCCAAAAUGUAUAUCUCUUUAUUUUUUUUUCCAUAAGUGUACUCUGGUUGGCUGUGCCCCAUCCCUUUUUUUUGGUUGAGUCUGCUCAGUGAAUAAAAUCUGUGCCUUCAUGCUGUAAUAAAACCACAUGGUGUUUGCAGAAUCAAGUCUUGAUAGUAAAAUGUAGCUGCAUGGGAGAAGAAAUCAUCCUUAAAAACAUCUAAAUAUUAAAGUGUUGAUACCCUAAUUAGGUGAAAUUCCAUAUUCGUUAUA